GGGUAAUGGCCACUAGCAGAAGUCUUGAAAGGUCAGCACCUACUAAUGCUACUACUAGCACUACUAGUACUGGCACUCGCGCUGAACGGCUCCUAUGCUUUCUUUUUCGAGGAAUAUUCCGCACGCGGAAGAUGUGCCCUGAUGACCUACAAACGCAACGAUGCUGACUGCACCCCGAUCUGGGGUUGCUUGCUAGCAAUGAUUAAGGGUGCAUGAUAUCGAAUACGCAAAGAAACAACCUCUAAAGCUUUGAAGAAGUGACUUAUUGUUGUUAUUUCAUCUGGUGCUAGAUACGAAGGCAGAAGAAGAAGAAUGCAGAAGCGGAGCAGAGAAGAAAAUGAUGAUGUUUGAAUGCUUCCCGAAGGGGAAGGUGCCCGCCGCAAACGAAGUUAUAAUUGCAGGAAGUUGCGGUGUAGAAACCUUGAAUAAUGGGAGUAGCUACGUUAUAAGACUCUCCAUAGUUGUGUCCAGCCAGUCGUUGGGGAUUGAAGGGUGUCCGCGUGCAAGUAGGAUAUCUACUCCAAUUUUCCCUGAUACGGUAAUCUCGCAUGUGAUGUAUCACUCUACUCCCGUUGAGUUAGUCGACUUAUUUCGAUUCAUACAUCAUUGUACAGGCUUCGGAGGGGACACAACGCCUGCCCCGCAUGUAGGAAGUAUCUACGGGGCCAGGGAAGCACAAAAUGCAGCAGGCCAGUUGAAACAGACAAUUGGACUUGUGAUACUCCGUAAACGUAAACGUCAGCUAAAAGGACUUGACCUUGAGGGGAGAGAAUGGACGAUCCUUUUUGAGCUGUUGAUACUAGUCCAGACUCACCGCUAUGGUCGAGACACUGAAAUGUGGAAGUCCGAAAAGGGGGACGAUCCCUGGAACGAGUGGGUGGGAAUACCCAUCCGUCAUCGAGUUAGUAACAUCCAAUCUCAACGUCGGAUGUAUAAAUAUUUGCUAAUGGAUGAAGAGGUUUGA